CCUUCCUCCAGAAUCUCAGCCUCGAAGAAGAAGCAAGUGCCCUGGCAAAGAUGAACUUUGAAGAUAUCUUGCAAGAAGCUGGGAGUUUUGGCAAAUUUCAGAUCUUUAUGUUGUUUUUGCUCUGUCUUCCAAGAUUCAUCCUCCCCUUCCAUUUCUUGCUGCACAAUUUCCUGGCUGCCAUCCCAUCUCAUCACUGUGCUAUUCCACAUCAGGAGCAAUUUGCCAACCUCACCGAGGAAGAGGUUCUACUUAUCAAUAUUCCAAGAGAUUUUGAAGGAGCCUUCAGUUCCUGUGAGAUGUUCUCCGAGCCUCAGUUUCAUCUAUUACUGAAUGCCACUCAGGAGCCAGCCAAUACCUCAUCUGUCCAGAGUUGCCAGCAUGGAUGGGUCUAUGAUCAGUCACAGUUCACCUCCACUGUAGCCACCCAGUGGGACCUGGUUUGUGAGCAAAGGAGCCUGAACCAAGCAACUGCCACCUUUUUCUUCAUUGGUGUCACCAUCGGGGCCGUGAUAUUUGGCUACUUGUCAGACAGGUUUGGCCGGAAGAUCAUGCUCCUGGUAUCAUUUGUCUGCACCCUGAUUUUUGGGCUGGUGAGUUCUGCCUCGGUUACGUACAGUAUGCUGGCAGUCACACGGACCCUGACUGGGAUGGCUAUCUGUGGGCUCUCUCUCAUCGUUGUACCUCUGGGCAUGGAAUGGGUGGACAUACAGCAUCGCUCAGUGUCUGGGGUCUUGACCAGUGUCUUCUGGAGUUUUGGAAACAUGUUUCUUGCUCUGAUUGCCUACCUGGUGCGGGACUGGCGUUGGUUGCUCCUCGCUGUCACUCUGCCUUGUGUUCUGGGCAUUAUCUCCCUGUGGUGGGUUUCAGAAUCUGCCCGGUGGUUUCUGACCAAAGGGAAGCUAAAGCAAGCUCACAAACACUUGCAACGGUGUGCGAAGAUGAAUGGACAGAAUGACUUUGGUGCCAAAAUUAACCUGGAGAUUCUGAGCAAAACAGCGGCGGCGGCGGCAGCAAGAGCAAAGUCAAGGGGAGACUCUUCCUACGUCAGCCUAUUCCGAACACUGAUGCUGAGAAGGAUCUCCUUGUGCAUGGGGGCCUUGUGGUUUGGGGUGGCCUUUUCCUACUAUGGCAUGAGCAUGAACAUCACAGGCUUUGGCUUGGGAAUGUACAUGACCCAGUUUGUCUUUGGAGUCAUUGAGAUUCCUGCCAAGCUCAUUGUGCUCAUUGCAGUGAACCGAAUUGGGAGAAAACAGUGCCAGGCUUGGUCACUCAUCCUGGCUGGGUUGUGCAUAGGAGCCAACAUUGUCAUCCCAACAUCACUGGGGACGUUGCGCUCUGUGGUAGCCAUCACAGGCAAAGGGUUCUCUGAAGCUGCUUUUACUAUGGUCUUCUUGUACACACCAGAACUGUAUCCCACUGUCCUCAGACAGAAGGGGCUGGGAUACUGCUCCUUUGUGGCACGUCUGGGUGGGUCUGUGGCGCCUCUCAUCUUCCUGCUGGACACUGUGUGGAAGCUUCUGCCCCAAGUGACAUACUGUGCCAUGGCAGUGCUGUGUGGCUCCGUAGCCUUCCUCCUUCCUGAGACAUUAAACGUCCGGCUGCCAGAGACCAUAGAAGACAUUGAAAAGCAAAGUUCAGAAGGGAAGCAACAGCCACCUGGAGAUGUAUUCGAAGUCAUGCCUCUGCAUUCGUUACAGAAGUGAUCUACUAAGGGAUUCAUGCUGCUAGCAAUGGGAGAGCGGGGGCUGCAGAAGAGAUGAUCAAGGACCGUGUUGAGUGCAGGCUCAGUUUUUUAUUUACAGCAAUAAACAGCUACAACCUCA